UCAAAUUCUCCUUAGUCCUCAUGAACUUAUGCUGCGGAUUUCCAGAUCCUCUUUUUUUCCGGCAGGGCUGCGACAAAGCGUUACAAAAAUACCACUAAACCUAGGUCUACCAUCCUCUCCCGCUUCCUCGCUACAUGUGCGAUUUUAGAGACAAGUAGUGCAAAAUUGAGCUUUGGGCUUCAUCUCACGCGAGGCGGGGAAGAGAUAGAUGGCGUCUCUGUUCAAGGACCCGAACAAGCUUUCUGCUUAUAGAGAUAGAAGGUUCCAAGGCACACAAGAAGAGUAUGAGCAUGCUUUGCAAACCUCGACAACGGUUUAUAUUGGCAAUUUGUCGUUCUACACAACUGAAGAGCAGGUUUAUGAGCUAUUCUCCCGUGCUGGGGAGAUCAAAAAGAUAAUUAUGGGUCUAGAUAAGAACAGCAAGACUCCUUGUGGAUUUUGCUUCUUAGUGUAUUAUUCUAGGGAAGAUGCUGAAGAUUCAGUUAAAUAUAUCAGUGGAACCAUUUUAGAUGAUCGAUCUAUUCGAGUAGACUUUGAUUGGGGAUUUGAAGAAGGUAGACAAUGGGGCCGCGGUCGCAGUGGUGGACAAGUGCGUGAUGAGUACCGUACGGAUUAUGAUCCAGGUAGGGGUGGUUAUGGAAAAUUGGUCCAGAGAGAGUUGGAGGCACAAAGAGAAUUAGUUGAUUAUGGCGGAGGAUCAUUGGACUCUUUUCAGCCAAACAUGCCUUCUCACUCAGAUGGCCGGCAUGGUGGAGACCGAGGAUCUGGUGGUUAUCGACAAAGUCGAGAUUAUAAUCGCAAACGAUAUCGUGCUGAAGAAAGGACGAACGAUUAUGAUUCGAGGAAUUCCGAUCAUGAUUCUAGACUGGCGAGGAAUCCUCGCUUUCGAGAAAGCGGCGACUCAGAUGACGAGGAGGAUGAUGGCCGGAAACGACGCCGGUAAACUUUCUUUGCCUGCAAGCAUUUACAGGCUGCCGUAGUGCUGUUGCAGUCGGAAACUGGUAAUUCCAUUUUUAGAUGAUAGUUUAGAUAAAGUUUAAUGGUGAGUGAUGAUGAGGGGAUUGUUGUUCAAUAUGUAAUUUAAGCUGUUUCUUUGUUAGAAUUCAUGCCUGAUAAGCACUCUCUUGAUUAAACAGUUAGUGUUCAAUUGCAGUAUUGUCCUCAGCACAUUAUCUUUUUAUUAUUUAUAUUU